GCGCCGCCCUUCCCGGGCGUGGCGGGCUGGAUAGGAUACCCCCCUUGUCCCGGCAUUAAGGAGCCGGGCGGUCCUUCUGUGCCCCGCCAGCCCCGCCGCAGGCCCUCGGGAGGCGGCUUCUCAAGGCACCGCAGCGGCGAGACGCGAUGGGGCGCCUGGGGGAGAGGGCGAUCCCGGCGAGGCCCGGGGGGUGGCGGCGCGGAUGGCGGGGGCAGUGGGAUUGAGAGAGGGGCGCCGCUUGCCCCCCUGCCUUUCCCUGCCCCACAGAUCUCCCUGCUGCGGCUCUCCCAGCGCGGCCCACGCUGCCUUUGGGGUCUGCUGCGGCGCCUCCCCGCGCCCGCCCGUCCGUCCCCGUGGCGCGCUCCCUCUCACUCACUCGCCUCCGGCUUCUGGGCGGAGGGAGGCGCCGCGGCGACGCUGCGUCAGCCGGAGCCCGCGAUGGGGAGGAGGACGGAGCAGCCGUGAGGCCAGGCCAGGCCCAAGUUCGGCCCAGCAUGGAGGGGCAGCCCCCCUAGCCCGAGCCCCCCCCGAGCAGCGGCGGAGACGACGACCACGACCUUCGCCCUGGGGCGGGGGGGGGGCAGAUCGGCCAGGAUGCUGCGCAGGCCAGCAGGGGCCCCCGCCACCCAGCAGCCCUCUCCCCCAUGAGGAGGAAGAAAGGGCCGAGGCUUCCAGGGGGCAGAAGCAGAGGACAUGCCCCACCGAGACAUCCCCAGCAGCUGCCCGCCCAGAUAGCCCCCCAUCCACUGAAGGGGCAGUGGCACCCACCCAGCAGUUCAUUGAGGACCGGGGCUAUUGGGCCUACUGGGCCCUGAGCCGGACGUGCCGCCCCCAGGAGCAGCUGCACAACGAAAUGAACCUGCUGUACCGCAAGAGCAAGGCGGAGUGGAAACAGAGCAAGGACGCGGAGCCCAAGGAGGGUUCGGCCAAGGAGCCUGGCGUGGGGAAGGUGCGGGACGUGGCCUCCUUCCGCCGCCACUUCAGGAUGGGCUUCAUGACCAUGCCGGCCUCGCAGGAGCAUGCCCCCCACCCCUGCGCCAGCAGCAUGGCUCCCCGCUCCCUCUCCUGCCACUCUGUGGGCAGCGUGGACAGCAGUUCCCGGGACGGGGCAGCCGGAUCCCGCAAGCCCCCGGCCAAGCCCACCCGCCACCCCAGCACCAAGCUGACCGCCGAGGCCCGGACCGCCCUGGAGCCCGCCGGGAGCAAGAAAGGAACAUCCCAAAAGUCGAGUGCAGAGAGCCGGGAGUCCGGGCGGAAGGUGCCCCCCCAGAAGCCAAAGCGCAGCCCCAACACCCACCUCUCAGUCUCCUUUGACGAGACCUACUCGGGACGACUGCCGGGCCCCGCUCCGGCGGGGGCGAUGCAGCGCUACAGCCGCGCCUUCUCCCACGGCCAGGCGAAAGGCUCCGAUGCUGAGGAGGACGAGCCGGUCUACAUUGAGAUGGUGGGGGACAUCUUCCGGGGGCCCGGGCCCCCCUCCCAAGGGCCCACCCUGGCCGACGAGGACUCUGACGAGAGCGAAGCCAUUUACGAGGAGAUGAAGUACCCUCUCCCCGAAGAGAGUGGGGAGCCCCGCCCCAAUGGGGCCCCUGCCUCUCCACGCCACCGUCCAGCCAAGCGGGAGGCUGCCAAGGCGGCGGCGGCGGCGGCCAGCACCAAGACCUCUCCCUGCGAGAUCCCUCCGCCCUUCCCCAACCUCUUGCAGCACCGGGCCCCCCUGCUGGCUUUCCCCCAGGGCAAGAAGGGAUACAAGGCGGGGCCCAGCCAGGACGGCUCCAAACUGCCUGUGCCGUGCCAUGCCAAGGAGGCCCCCUCUGCCCCGAUGACGCCCCAGGUCCCCAGCCAUCACCAUCCGCGGGGUGGGGAGAGCGCCGCCUUGGGGCCUUCUGGCCGGGCCCGUAGCCACUCCACCCCACUGCCUCCGCAGCCUGCGGGCCAGAACAAAGCCGACAAGGAGCUCCCCAAUUCCCACAGCAUGAUCUGCCCCCCGGCCAAGCAGGCCCCUGGGCCAGCGCCCCCCCCAGCCCCUGCCCCCUCCAUGCUGCCGGUGAAGGAGAAGCCGGCCGUGUCCUAUACCAUGGUGUACUCAGCAGUCAAGGUCACCACACACACGGCUCCGGCCGAGCAGAAGACGGAGAAGGAGAUCUCGGUCCUGCAUGGCAUGCUGUGUGCCCGCCCGGCCACUGUGCCCUCCUGCAAACAGGUGCAGCGGGCAUGUACGUUGCCGGAGCCCCCGCCUCUGGGCAUGGUCUGGACUUACCCGGCCCCCUGUGCCGGCCUGAAACGCCCCCCGGCGUACGAGAGUAUCAAGAACGUGGGCGCAAAGGCUUCCGCAGCGGUCAAGAUCCAGCUUCAGGACCGGGCAUUCACCAGCAUUGCCUGCUCCCACGUCCUGUCCAGUGACGAAUGCGGCCGGCCGGCAGGAGAGGAGGAGCCGUUUGGAUGGGUCCUGCAGAGAAGGAUGGGCUAUGCCAACCGGAAAGGGAGGGAGCCCGAGAAGGCUACCGACUGCCCCCAGGCCUGGGAAGGUGGCGAGAAUGUUCCGCCCAAAAUGGAGAAAGAAGAGAAAGCGGGGCCGGGCCUGAUGCAGUCCAGCAUCCCCGUCCGCACCUCUGGGCCGGAGGGUCUCGCUGCCAAGAUGCCAGGGGGACGGACGAACCUGCCCAUUCCCUGCCAGACCUUUCCUGCCUGCCACCGAAACGGAGACUUCACUGGUGGCUACCUUCUGGGCCGCUCGGCAUCCACCUCUGGGGUUCGACAUGCUGUGAUCCACACGCAGAGGCCGUGUAACCAUCCCCGGGACCCAGCCAGCCUGGCUCUGCAGCCGGCCCAGCUGCCCGUGCCCGGAGUCCCCCCGAGCUCGCGCGAGCGGGAUGGGAAGCUGCUGGAGGUGAUUGAGCGCAAGCGGUGCGUCUGCAAGGAGAUCAAGGCGCGGCACCGCCCGGAGCGCAGCCUGUGCAAGCAGGAGAGUAUGCCGAUCUUGCCCAGCUGGCGGAGGAACACGGAGAGCCGCAAGUCCGGGACGCCGCCCUGCCGCCGCCAGCAGACCGUGCUCUGGGACACGGCCAUAUGACAGUGGUGGGGCUGAGCCCCAAGGAACCGGUGCCUUGUGCUGGCCAAGCCGACCACGCAGCGUCGGAGGGCUAACUGCUGGCAGCGUGGCGCCCUGCCCGUCAGCCCUGCUGGCCUGGGACAAACCAGGGACCCCUGGGCUGCUGCCCCCCACUGGGCUGCAGCAGGAAAGAGACUUCUGCCGAAGGGGGGGGGUUCUCUUGGACAGUAUUCCGGACACAAGGCGGCGGCGGCAGCAGCACUGGCCAGGCCAGGCGGCGAACCCCUGGGUAACCCAGCUGCUGCUGCCCUCCGAGGAACCCCUGCCUCAGGGGCUACACACCCACCCACCCCGUCAGAGGCGGCGGCAGCAGCUGCUGCGUAUCAGAGUCAAGCAAACAUGGCCUCUUGGAAGCCACGGCUGAUCCCACCCCACAGCCAGCUGCGUCUCUAUGCCAACUGACUGACACGUAAGCUGCCAUGGCUCUCCUUUCUCGGAGGUGGGCGUGGGGCAGGCGUGGUGGCUGCGGAGGGUGGGGCUGCUGUGUGGGUUAGGCUCCGCAAGGCCGCCGCCUCCUUUGCCAAAAGACGGGGUUAGAAGUGCCAGGAGCACUUUCGAUCCCUCACACGGCUUUCCUCCCAUCUCUGGGAAAACGCCACUGGGGGGGGGGGGGCGCUCUGCAAUUUCACGUGGGGCCCUGACACUUCUCCCACUUCCUGAACAGUGUGGGAGAAAAGGGGAGGGGGGGCUGUGCUCCCAAACCUGUGGUGCUGAGAUUUUGGUCAGCCCGAACCCACGGAGAGAGAGAGGGUGCCAGGAUUCUGGGGGGAACCCCUUCUGCACCCCAGUGCUUUGCUAGAGGGGCAAAGGAAGCAGAGAGAGAGAGAGAGAUGAAGUUGGCUGCCACUAGAGCCACCAUGAACGGCAAAGCAGGACUUCCCAUCUGCAAACUCCGGCCACGCUUGUCAGUUCCCUCUCGGCUGAAUCAAGCCACUUGCAGCUCUCUUCUCAUCGGUCAAAUUUGAGGAGCAUGAAUAACAUUUAGCUGGGAAACCUUCCCUGCCACAAUAAAAACCUCCGAUCUACUCUGAGACCAUUUCCCUACAUAUCACCAAUUUAUUUCGCAGCACUUCAUGCUUACAAAUGUGAUCUGCCCUAAUGCCCGUUUCUUUUCUCUUCCUGCCCCAAUUUCUCACUCCCAGGUUCAUUUUGAUGAGCUUGAGAGGGAAUAAUUUUGAGCUUCAGAGUGUUGGGCUAAUUCUAUAGACUCCGGAAGCUGAAAUGGAUCUUGCUAGUCUUUCAUCUCCUAUUGACUCCACUUAGCUUAAAGAAUUCCUUAAAGCUAUUUAGUUUUUCCCAUCAAGAAAAGCAAAACAAACCCUUUACAUUUUUGCAGAAGGUUUCAGUGGCAAUGGUAUACUCUGGGGACCUGGCUUGAUUUAAAUGACUCCUAGAAUAAUGCUGCAGUUGGUGGAUGUUUUGUUGUGGAGAAGAAAGUGUCCUCUCUAGGCACUGGGGAGGAUGAAAAGUCUGCCUUCUCUGUUCUAGUGGGCUCCUGGCCAUGGCUCUGGCCCUCUCUGGGCACUGGAGGACUCAAGAACUCUGUGGGUUUUACUCAUAGUAGGUUAAACACAGGGUAAAGAACACGAUGUAAACUAGUGCCAGACAUGAUCCUAGGUUAACUGUGAAAUGCAUUUCAACACCUCAUACCAGGGGAAGAGAGACACAUUUUCGACAUUGCCCGGAUGUCCCUUCACAGAGCUAGUCAGCAGCAUCAAAUAUAGGGGGAGCCCCACGGGGAAGAUGUCCAACCUCAACCCCACCCUCACUUGGUAACCCCUUUACACUUAUACUGGUGUAGAUCAUUAGUCAGCGUCCAAUUGCCAAAUCAACAUCGCACUCUUCAUUCCUUCAGCCACCUCUCCCCACCACAGCCUGCCCCAUUUCUGUCUCUUCAUAGCAUUCCUCUCCACAAAGUCAGACAGUCUUCAUGCUCCUCUGAUUCUGUUCAUACUUACAUGGGAGUAAGCAGCACUGAACUCAGUGAGACGUCCUUUUGAGCAAACACAUAAGAUUGCACCCCACGCGUUCUCUGUAUAGGCGUCCACACACACAGAUCCGCCUGCCUUCACAACGGGGUGCUUCACACGGCCAUGAAGAGGGUAGAAGACCCCUCUGAGCCUCAUUCGGGAGCCGAAUGUGCUUCCACUGUUGGGUCAUGUCUGAGUUAAAAACAAGGCUAGAGGCGUCCACAGUGAUGCUGUGCGAAGCCACCGCUGUCUCAGAGGGCUCCCUCCUACCCAGCAGCUGUGCCCAGCUCUUUCACGACGUUGCAGGAAAAGCCCAACUGCCCUUUACCACACGAUCGAUCGCUGCUGGCGCCUCCGGCCUUGUCUUAAACUCACCGGCGAGCAGGAAGCGGGAGCAUGCGCAGCUCCCAAAGGAAGGUCGAAGGUUUCUCCUACCCUAUUCAUGGCCGUGAGGACAGCCAUAAUGUCUCCCAUCAUAACUCCCUCUCAGGUUACGACUUCCCAGCUUUCAGUUACUGCUACUUUGACAGCAGAUCUCAAUUAGGGAAGAGUCUGUAGAGAUCCCUAAGAUGGCAAGCCCUUCCACCCGCACAAGCAUUUUGGUCAGUGUGUUGAAAAUCUCGCCCUUAGCCAAUCUAAAAGGGUCUGAGGAUGUUAGGACUUGUCUGUGCCCAUCCCAACCCCAUCCAAGCCAUCCCCUCUCCACUUCUGCUUCCAAACCAAGUGUGGAUCCAUUAGCUACGAUUUCCUGUUAGCGUCCACAAGACACGGCUGGACCGGUUGGGGCGUUGGCAUGAAUUAGAUUUACAAACUAGGGUUACAAAAAAAGAAUUCUAUGGCACCACCAUGGGGCUGAAAGAAAACCCAGUUGGGACUCCUGGGUUUUGAGCUCUAAUCCCUGAUUUAAAUAUCUCACAAGGUUGUCUAGCGUAGCAAGAUGAGGAAACUGCUUUGCAACAAUAUUUAUGCUGGGGAUUCGUGGGAGGGUCUUUAUAUAUUUAAAAUGGCAGAAAGAAAAUAAACUGUCAUGCUGGGUU